AUGCUUUAGACAGUAUCUUUAAUCUGUGGUCACUGCGGUUCUGUCAUUUGUGUUUUGAUUUGUAUCUAGAAAUGAAUUCUAAUGAAUUUGUCGCCGGCUGAAUUUAAGUACUUAAAUGAGUUAUCAAUUUAAUACUCAAGCGCGGCCGGGCGCGGGCGAGGGGUGCCGCGUGCGGCUGGACCUGCGGCUGGUGUUCAGCGACCGGCGCGCGCGCGUGGUGGUGUGGGCGGCGGCGCGGCGGCGCGCGCGCUGGCUGCUGGCGCGCGCGCGCCGCCUGGGGCUGCGCGGCCCCGCCUGCCUGCUGCGGCGCGGGCACCUGCUGCCGCCGCACGAGCCGCUCGCGCUGCUCGACCGCGACGACGUCGUGCAAGUUAUCCCUUUAUCAAAGGAGCUGCCGAUAGAAUAUGACAGCGAGGAGGAAAGUGAUGUAGAAACUUCCAGAUAUUUAAUUAAUUCAACUACUAAGAAAGAUAAACAAAAGCGACAUCAUUAUGAUUAUGAGAAUUUGGGAGAUUCAGUGGACAAAGAUACGAGAAAUGACAAACAAUGGUGUGACAGUGUUUAUAACGAAAGUUCAAGUAAACCAAUAAAUAAAAGAAAAAGAAAAAUGACGCAAAACGGUAAUGAUAACGAAAAUUUAUGUACUCCGAAUGACGAUAUAACAAAUGAGCGAUCUCACGAUAACGGUGAGCACAGAAAAUCUGCGAGGACGACUAAAAGAAAAAGACGCCAACACGACGAUAUCGUUCAUCCAGAGAGCAUUUCUCCUAACUUAACAAAAACUCAACGUCACAGUGAUGAUAAUAAUAUAUUUUCCGGCGACGUCACUAACUCUACUAAAACGAUACAUUAUGACUACAGUGAUCGAGGGCACAGAGAUUCUAGCGAUCCCGCGAGGGACAUCGUAGAAAAGCGUCGUCAACAUAAUCACGGUAAUGGAAAUCCUACCACCGAGAACGAAUCAAGAUGGCAGCACGUCGACGAGUACACAGGUAAAAAUGUGAGCGAACCCGUCGAAGAUGACCACAGCGAUGGACUACAGAACAACGGCUGGGAAAACAAUAAAAAUAUAGUAGCAGAUUCAGAACCUGACGAUUUCGUUUUAGCUUCGAGUGGAAAUCGCGCCUCGGCCACCCAAAAUGUAACGACCGACGGUUCCCUGCAGACACUGGACGAGAUGAAGCGACACGCAUUAAAAUUGUUGGACUCGUACGAGGGCGACCCGCCAGCGCCGCCAGCGCCGGCGGCUCCGACGGGCCGGCGAAGACGCGUGCGCCGCCGGCGCCGCGCCGCGCCGCUGCCGCCGCCACCGCCGCCACCGCCGCCACCGCCGCCACCGCCGCCACCGCCACUCGCCCCCAGCGCGGCACACAGCACACGUUCCGAGGACGCCGCCGCCGCUCCGGCGAUAUCCGCCACCGCCGCGGCCGCCGACAGUGAUUCCGACGACGGCGCGCCUGCUCCAGCCGCGGGCUCCGUGGCCCACACCGCUGAUGCCGAUGCCGCAGUCGUUCCGGUAGUUCGAAACCGCACUGAGUAUAUCCGCGCACCGCGUAUUGUGAGAUCGCUUUCGCCGCCGUCUCGGGCAUUUAUAUCACCCAUUUCAUUGUUAGAAAAUACACAAUAAUACGAAUUAAUUUAUUUAUUGUAAAAGGUGAUCUAAAUAAAGUAUAAUCGUAAA